GGCCGCAACAACCCCCAACCGCUCCCCUCCCCCUCCCACUCCCACUCCCCCUUCCCCCGCGUCCUUGCCGCCGCCGUCGCUCUCGUCGGAAUGAUGGCCUCCGAAGGCGGUGAGGACUACCGCCUGACGCGGAUCGCGUCCGCCAUACGCGUCAUUCCCGACUUUCCCAAGCCUGGUAUCAUGUUUCAAGAUAUCACGACCCUGCUGCUCGAUCCCAAGGCGUUCAGGGAUACCAUCGAUAUGUUCGUGGAGAGGUACAGAGAUCAAGAGAUCACGGUUAUCGCAGGUGUCGAAGCAAGAGGAUUCAUAUUUGGCCCUCCCAUUGCGUUAGCUAUAGGAGCGAAGUUUGUUCCUAUGAGAAAGCCAAAGAAGCUUCCUGGGAAAGUUAUUUCUGAGGAAUACUCCCUAGAAUAUGGUACAGACAGAAUGGAAAUGCAUGUAGGAGCUGUACAGCCAGGGGAUCGAGCCCUUGUCAUUGAUGAUUUAAUUGCAACUGGAGGGACAUUAUCUGCUGCAAUCAGGCUCCCGGGUUCAGAUGGGAUAAUGAAUGUAUACUGCAUCCAUAAGUUGGACCAACCGUCUAAUGGGUCAGGAUUCGUUGAACUGGAUCUGACCGAUAUGGGUUUUGAGUUGGAUCGAGUAGGACAAAAUGGGUUAUGUCGGGUCGGUAUUUUAAGGAAUAAUUUGCUUUAUUUUAUUUGCAAAAAGAAAAAACAAAAGGAUUCAAUAAGGUUGAAGUUGACAAUAAAGGAAACAUAUGCUCAGCAGGAUCAAUCAAUGGGUUAGGAUUUGUUGAUCAUGUUCCGAUCCAUAUUCCUUGCAGGUCCCUCUCAUAUUAUAACUUAUUAGGUUGGCUUAAUGAGUUCAGGUUUGAGAUAUCCACCUCUGUUGCUUCGCAGAGAGAGGUAAGGGUGCUAAAAUAUGGCCCUUCUGGAUUCCCUUAUUUAGAAAAGCUCUGUGCGUUGUGUUGCUCUAUUUUGGUAAUUCAGUGAUCCUCUAGCAAUUCUUGUAUUUUUCAUAUUUUUUAGUUAUUUUGAAUAUAAAGUUGUAAUAACAAGAAAAUUUAUAUCUAUCUAUAUUUGUCAUAUAUUGCAUAUCAUGAAAUCUUUUGAUUUAGAAAAAUAAAAAGUAGAUCUGAAAUCUUUGUUGGAGGGUUUUAGGAAAUUUAUAAGGUUGCUAGAUGAACGACAAGUCAAAACAUGGUUUACGGUUGGAAUUCCCAGCUGUACGCUGAAACUGUACAAUUUGUGUUUAAGUUGCCACUCUUAUAGAAGACACUUUUUCAUGGUCAUGUGUAGUGAAAUAGGUUAUGUUAUUUAUACAUUAAUACAAUUUUGUUAUUUAAGUAUUUUGAAAGUUAGAUAGGUUUCAGAAAUCUUUAAUAUGAAGUUGUUUUAAGCACAAAAUUAUUAGAAAUUUCCCCAAAAUUUCUACCUUAACACAUAUUUUGAAAUCUUUAAUAUGAAGUUGUUUUAAGCACAUAUUUGUUGGUUAAGCUGCAAUUCCUGGCUUAGGGGAUGGAUUAUCUUAACAGGGCAGAUGAAUGCAGACCGACCCUCUCUGCUAUACGAACAGAUAUUUGUUUUUGCAGUACAUGUUGUUAUUGCUUUAUAUAUUGUGUCCACUUUUAAAAUCAUUGUGCAUGAUGAUUAUGAUUAAACGGUCA